GCACUCGUCCACCAAUCAACAUGAAGAGCCAACCCAUCCUGAUCCUGGCCAUGUGCCUCCUGGCCCUCUCCUCCGUUUCGGCCAUGCCGCAGCGCCGUGCGAAGAGUCAACGCCAAGUGGAGUACUCAUCCACCCCCUAUCCGGCAGCUGGUUUCCGCCCCAGGAUUCCCUUCAGUCUUCCGGGAGAAGUGCAGCCCAAGCUCGAAGCGGAACCACUGACCACCACCACUCCCAGCGAAGUCCAGACCCUAGAGAGUACCGAACCCCUGAGCACCACCGAGCAGCAGCAACCGGAAGCCGAGACGGAAGCGGAAGCGGAUUUGGAGGUGUCCGUCCGUACGCCAGCAAACACCUACGGAGCCCCCGGAGAGCAGAAUCCCCUAGAGCCCGACACCGUGGAGGUGGUAGCUCAGGAGCCAGCCCGUGACUUUCAGCCACCCUCGCUUGAGGCCGUCGAAGACUUUGCCGCCGAUGGCACUGUUGUUAGUGGCGGCGAGCAGCCUGUUGCUGAUGUCCCUGCCCUGGGCCAAGAGGAAGCGCAGGCCAACGAGCCGGAGGCAGAGGUCAAGGCCGUUACCCCGGCAGGAACCUAUGGACCACCCGCCGCCACCUACGGAGUGCCCGAGCUGAGCGAACCCGAGAACGAGUUGGAUUUGGAAGAGUCGCAGGUGGAGCUCGUGGGCGAGGAGGUUGCGGAGGAGGAGGCUCUGACUAACGAGCUGGCCAGCGGUCGCCUCAUCCUGCUGCCCUUGGGAGCUCGAGGAGCGCAGUUCGGUCGCCUCGUCCUGGCCGUGGAGCAGCCACGUCAGCGCUUGAGGAGUGACCGCCUGAGGAGGAUCUAAGGCUAAACCUCUCUGCCUAACCGUUGGGGAUUCUUGAACAAAAAUAUACGUACUUUUUUCAAACGAAUACAUUCUGAGUUUAUGUUUUGGAAAGUUUGCGAGAAUCAUUUCAGUGGUAUAUGAUUUGAUAUUUGACUUACAUUUUCAAUUUAUUGCAUAUUUUAUUACAGUUUCUUUAUACUGGAUGUGUAAAGAGAUUCCAUUCAUUACUCGAAAACUACCUGCCAUAAACGCAAUAUAAUUAAAGCGUUUGUUUAGCUGGGGCAGCAGGUGCCCAGGAAAUGUGUAUGUCAAAGAAAUGGAAUUGGCUGUGUCAAAGGGGAUUCCCGCUGCAUCCCAACUCCAUCUCCCACACGCACACGCACUCCCACUUCCACUCCAACUCCAGCUUAUCCCCAUCAUUUCGCAGAGGAAGUUGUUUCAGCAAAAUUGUCGUGCACGGUUCAUUGCAUUG